ACGACAGCCUCGGACCGACGCAGCGAAUGUAAACAAAUUCAAACAAACAGAGCGGCAGGAACUUCAGCUUUUGUUGCUCUCGAAUUGCAAUCUUUCGCUAAAAUGGCCUUUGCCACGGAGAAGGUCGAUACCAAUGUAGUUGAGGAAAGUCUGGAGGGCUUGAGAGACGACGUAGCGCUCGAGUUGGAGGAUCUUGCCCGAGAAAUGGGAGAGAAAACGCAGUCGUUAGUCAAAGAGCCCAGUUUUCGCGACGACAAAGACUUGGAUAAUAUGCUGAAGAGAAAACUACUUCUCGAGAGUGAAAUUGAAGCUACGAUGGAGACGGACUUGGCAUUCCUUCCUGAUGACAAGAAAAUGUUGAUCAGACUGGCGAGAGAAGAGGCGGAGUUAACGGCCCUGGAUAAUGAAAGGGCCCUGAAUUUCUAUCGACAAAAGCAAACCGAAUUACAAGAAGAGAAAAAAACAUAUGAAGAGAUGGUCAAAAAAGCCGUUGAAGUUGAUAAUAAAUUAGAUGAAUUGCUCAAGGACAGAUCAGAAUCAGCCCUCCUUGACAUUAUGAAGAAGAGGUAUGAAGAAACAGGAAUAUUGUUUAGAGAGCUCCGAACAGUGCUUCACAUGAUUUUGACAGAGUUCUACCCUGAAGAGGAAGAAGGAUUAUCAAUGGAAAAUCUUUUGGAGGUUCUUGUUUCAAAGAUGAUUGAAGAUAGAAAUGACCCGUAUGUGAAUAUCCACGAAGGCAUGAAGGAUUAUCAUAUUGCAUUUUUACUUCGGGCAAAUCUCAUUAUGAGGCACAAAAAUGAUGUUACUCGUAUCAGGUUUGUUGAUCCAAACUGAUUGCCUGGACACAUUUCCUGGAGAAGAUAAAACAUUUGUUUUAGAUUGGAAAGUUUAGCUUGUUAUUAAUCCUGUAAAACAGGUUAAUUGUUUCUAGAGAAUUCAAUCCCCCUCCCCCCUUUCUUUUUUUAUUGAAAUAUACUUCUUGCUACAAAUAAUAUUCAGCUGCAAGGUUCCUUUUUUGUGUAUGAUUGACUUGCAUUGUAUAUACAGUCUGAUAACUAUUUAAACUUUGAGCUUUUGAAAAAUAUUUUUCAUACUGUAUAUGGUUUACCUAAAAGGUAUAUAUUGUGAGGUUUAUCCUGUUUUGGUGAAUUGCAAUUAAAUAACUAUACAUUUUUCAACAUUGCAUUAUCAUGUUUUGGUUCAAAAAGCUCUUGACAUCUUGUUCAUUAUGUAAGGAACUUAUGCUAUAUUUUAAGCAGGUGUGUAAGGUUAUGAGAUGAUAAAAGGAAUUAUUUUUUAUUUGUUUUUCAUUUAUAACUUCCAGUGUUUUCUCUUCAUCAUAAAUUCACUUCCAUCUUUAAGAUUUUUACAAAAAGCAUUGUAAGACUAUUGAAAUUGAGACAAGAUUUUUUCCCCUA